CGCGCUCCUAUCGCGCCACCGACGCCGUCGUCGUCUCGGGGCAAAUAGACCAGUGACUAAUUCGGAGCCACCGCGGUUCGACUUGGGUACGGCGUGGUAUCUAACGGUGCAGGUUGUCACGGUCGCGUCUUCGUGAUUACAAUAUUACUAUUAUAGUCGUGAAGCUCAAAUUCCAAACGACUUUGUACGGUUUUGUGCGCAUAAAAUAAGUGUAUAUAUAUAAUUUAUAUUAUCGUCUACGGACCGGACCUUUGUGGCGUGACCAUCGUGUGUAUAUUGCAUUUAUUUUGAUUCGUUUGAAUUGUUAAUCUAAUUUAUUUCAUUCCUUUUAAUACCACAGUGCGCAUCGACUGUAUUAACCAUAUUAUUAUUGUAUGAUAAUUCUUCGCGAUUGGCGUUCGUAUCACAGCUGUCUUUUAAAUAAAGUGCCGGCGAAUUGAACGCAAUUGAUGGAAAACAUUAAAUGAUUGUGGUCAUCUGGUAGUGAUGGAGUUGGUUCCAGUGGUCUCUGUAAUUUUGUUAUACGCCAUCGUGGUUACCAAAGCAACAUUUGAAAACGAUGGAAAUCUUGAAGCAUUACUCAAUCACGUUUUAUGGGAACCUACUACGAACAAUUCACCGACAACAGAAGAAGAUAAAGUGGCUCCAUAUUUUGAUGAAUCAUCUACUCAUAACAAUGUCACAGUCCAAAUUGGAGCGAAUGUAGAUCUACAUUGCAAAGUGAACCGUUUAAACGACAAAACGGUGUCAUGGGUUCGAAGGGCAGGUGAUAAGAUGCAACUACUUUCAUUUGGCCACCACGUAUACAGUACAGAUCAGCGUUACGAGCUUUUAUUUAAAGAUCCAAACGAUUGGCAACUCCGUAUAUCUUAUCUGAAUGAAAGAGAUGGAGGUCAUUAUGAGUGUCAGGUAUCAACUCAUCCACCAAUCGCAUUCACUGUUUAUCUAGCUAUUAUAGUGCCUCAAUUGGAAAUAACAGAUGAAAGAGGCGUACAAGUGAAAGACAAAUUCUACUACGUGGGUAGCACUAUAGAGCUAAAAUGCUAUAUAACCAAAGUACCCCAACCAAGUCAAUUCAUUGUAUGGCGUCACGAGACGACAAGCCUAAAUUACGACACAAGCCGAGGCGGUAUCAGCGUGAAAACCGAUAUACUGACAAAUGGCGCGAAGAGCAGGCUGUUUAUAGCCAAUGCACAAACUUCUGACUCGGGAAAGUACACUUGUUCACUAACUGAUAUAGCGAGCACAUCAGUUACAGUGCACGUCUUAAACGGAGAAACUCCAGCCGCAAUGCAACACGGUGGUAGCAAUCGGUGUGGCAGGCUACAUUCAUUAUGGGUGAUCAUCACAUUUGCAUGGAUAUUGUUUCGAUUAAGUUGACAUGAUUAAUACGCAAAUGUGCACUGUGUUCCAGACCGAUAUGUUACUUAUUAUUAUAAUUAACUAUUGUUAAUUUGAAUCAUAAAAGGAAAACCAAAAUAAUCCCGAAAACCCGACGGACAUGGAUAAAUUGAUCGAUUGAUACCGAAUGAAUACAUAAUAAUAUAAAAUUAUUGCGUAUAAAUGUAUAAUAUAUUAUGAUAUUAUACUCGUAUGUUGUCUUUGUUGAGUUUUUAAUCACUCUGUAUUUAUAUUUGUAUUAUAUAAAACCUAUAACUCCUAUCACAGUUAAUAUUACUAUUAUUAUUAUUAUUAUUAUUAUUAUUAUACCUACCUAAUUAUUAAAAGAAAAAAAUCAAUAAAAUAUUAUACAGAUAAUUUUAGAUGAAAAUUUAAUAUACAGCUUGUAUAAAUUAAACGAUACAUAUUAUACUUCAGA